AUGUGUGGCAUCUUCGGCUACGUCAACUACCUGGUGGAGAAGGACAGGAAGUUCAUUGUUGACACACUCAUCAAUGGUCUCUCCCGUCUCGAGUACCGAGGAUACGACUCGGCUGGCCUGGCCGUCGAUGGCGACAAGAAGAACGAGGUCUACGCCUUCAAGGAGGUCGGCAAGGUCGCCAAGCUGAGGGAGCUCGUUGACCAGGAGAAGCCAGACCCCACAAAGAUCUUCGACUCACACGCCGGCAUUGCCCACACUCGAUGGGCAACCCACGGCCCUCCGUCCCGCCUGAACUGCCACCCUCACAGGUCUGACCCCACCUGGGAGUUCUCCGUCGUCCACAAUGGUAUCAUCACAAACUACAAGGAGCUUAAGACUCUCCUCCAGGCCAAGGGCCACAAGUUCGAGACCGAGACCGACACCGAGUGCAUCGCCAAGCUCGCAAAGUACAUCUACGAGAAGCACCCUAACCUGGGCUUCGUUGACCUGGCCAAGGCCGUCAUCUCGGAGCUCGAGGGUGCCUACGGUCUGCUCAUCAAGUCCAUCCACUACCCCCACGAGGUCGUGGCCGCCCGCAAGGGUUCCCCUCUCGUGAUCGGCGUCAAGACGCAGCGCCGCAUGAAGGUCGACUUCGUCGAUGUCGAGUACGCCGACGAGCACGCCGCCCUCCCGGCCGAGACCGCCUCGCAGAAUGCCGCCAUGAAGAAGAGCUCCAAGUCCUCCGAUGGCCUCCUGGCUCCCACCCUGCUCGGCGCCGCCGACAAGUCCCUGCUUCACCGCUCGCAGUCUCGGGCCUUCAUGACCGAUGACGGCAUGCCCAUGCCCGCCGAGUUCUUCCUCUCCUCCGACCCCUCGGCCAUUGUCGAGCACACCAAAAAGGUUAUGUACCUGGAGGAUGACGACAUUGCCCACAUCCACGAGGGCUCCCUCAACAUCCACCGCCUGAAGAAGGCCGAUGGCAGCAGCAACGUGCGCACCAUCCAGACCCUGGAGCUCGAGCUGCAGGAGAUCAUGAAGGGCAAGUUCGACCACUUCAUGCAGAAGGAGAUCUUCGAGCAGCCCGAGUCUGUCGUCAACACCAUGCGUGGUCGUCUGGACGUCGAGAACAAGACUGUUACGCUCGGUGGUCUGCGCUCAUACAUAAGCACUAUCCGCCGCUGCCGACGUAUCAUCUUCAUCGCCUGCGGUACCUCGUACCACAGCUGCAUGGCCGUCCGUGGUGUGUUUGAGGAGCUGGCAGAGAUCCCCAUCUCGGUCGAGCUGGCGUCCGAUUUCCUGGAUAGGGAGGCUCCUGUCUUCCGUGACGACACAUGCAUCUUCGUCUCACAGUCAGGUGAGACGGCCGACUCUCUGAUGGCCCUGCGAUACUGCCUGGAGCGCGGCGCGUUGACUGUCGGUAUCGUAAACGUGGUCGGCAGCUCUAUCAGUCUGCUGACCCACUGCGGUGUGCACGUCAACGCCGGCCCUGAGAUCGGUGUCGCCUCCACCAAGGCCUACACCUCCCAGUUCAUCGCCAUGGUCAUGUUCGCCCUCUCGCUCAGCGAGGACCGCGCCAGCAAGGCGCAGCGGCGAGUCGAGAUUAUGGAGGGUCUCGGCAAGAUCUCGGAGCAGAUCUCCGAGGUGCUGAAGCAGGAUGCUACCAUCAAGGAGCUCUGCGGCAAGGUCUUCAAGGAUCAGAAGUCCUUGCUCCUGCUUGGCCGUGGCUCCCAGUUCAGCACAGCCCUCGAGGGCGCCCUCAAGAUUAAGGAGAUUAGUUAUCUCCAUUGCGAGGCCGUCAUGUCGGGUGAGCUGAAGCACGGAGUGCUGGCCCUGGUCGACGAGAACCUGCCCAUCAUCAUGAUCCUCACGCGCGACAACAUCUUCAAGAAGAGCUUGAACGCCUACCAGCAAGUUGUCUCACGUGGUGGCAAGCCUAUUGUUAUCUGCAACAACGGCGAUAGCGAAUUCAGCAGCAGCCAGGCCCAGACGAUCGAGAUCCCCAAGACAGUCGACGUCCUGCAGGGUCUCCUCAACGUCAUUCCUCUGCAGCUGAUUGCCUACUGGUUGGCGGUCAUGGAGGGUCUCAACGUUGACUUCCCCCGUAACCUGGCCAAGUCGGUGACUGUCGAGUAA